GUGAAACUUCUCAAACUGCUUGCAGCGAAUCAGAUCAUAUCAUAAAUGAAAGCUUCAACUUCUCUCCAGGUUACUCAAACAAGAUAUGGCACAUGCUGGUAGUAGGAGCACAACUGGAGAUUUGCACUUUGCUAAAUGGUUAGUUGAUUGGGAGAAUCCCCUAACUAAUCCCACUGACGAUGAUGAGGAGGAGGUGGGGGAGGAGGAGGAUGAUAUCGCUGAAAGUGAACUAAAAGUGUGUGAAUGUAACUCUCCAGUCAGUGAAUGUGAUUCAGAUUUCUUCAACCCUGAUGAACAGUACCAUCUUCCCCGGAGCAGUCCUGUCAUAUCCCGCAAGAGACCAAACACAGACACACAAAAACAAUGUGGUCUCUCUGUGACACCUCCAAUUUGGGAAAUAUCUACAUCUCCAGGGCUGAAAUCGAACGCUUCAGGUCCACACAUGUUGGAAGAAUUGAGGCGCUCAGAGAACGAGAGAAACUUUGAUGAGUGUGAUUCACUCCAGGGCUCUUCAAGACAGAUGCUGUUCCUCACAGAUAAGCAACAUGGCACCAGAAUUUCACAUGUCUCUCAGGACACUCAGUUUCACAGCCUCCCUUUCUUUUCUGGACACUUACAUGAGGAGUUAAAAACUAAAAGAAGGGCCUGUUCUGACAUCCCACUAUUAGAUCAGAAGAGUUCAGACCAAGCAAAGAAACACUGGCCAUUUGUUAUUGGAGAUUCCAAUGAAGACAUCAACAGUUUGGACCAGGAAAAUGCUCAUUUUGUGGUUGUGGAUAUGCUUCUGGAAGUGCUGGAGGCUGUGAAAUGGGCCGUCUGUCUGCAGCAAUCAAACAAUGCAAAUCCUAAUAAUCGAGACAGAUGUGAAACACACAUUAUCUCAAAAACAGACUCAGUCGCUUCCUCUGACAGCGGCUUUGAGGAAAACACUGAAAGGUACUCCCUGGCUUCUUUUCAGAGCUGUCUCCAGAGCUCCAGAACGCAGUGCUCAGCUGAAGAUUUAGCCCAUCGUUUGGUGUCAGAGUUCAGGAAGCAGUGGUUCUCCUCUGAGCUGCUGAAAAACCCCGUCAACCUCAGCUCGGCUCUGCAGGAAGUCUUGUUCCCCAUUAUGUCAGGCGAGAGGAUUAGUUUAUCUGAAGAGAUCAUGAUGAAGACCAGAAUGAGAGGAACAUUCACCUGGGCUCCACCAAGAUUUCAGAUCAUCUUCUGUGUCCAGCCAACACACAGACGCAGUGAUGUUAUCGCUUCUCAGCACUUCCUGUGUGCCGGCUGUGGUACUGAAAUUGAGGCCAGGUAUAUGAAGAAACUGCGGUAUUGUGACUAUCUGGGUAGAUACUUUUGUGACGGCUGCCAUGGUGGUUUGGAAACUGUGAUUCCCGGUCGGGUUCUGAAUAACUGGGAUUUUGCUCGAUAUCCGGUCUGCCAUUUUUCCAGACAGUUACUGGACUCUAUAUGGCAGCAACCAAUUUUCAAACUCACAAGUGUGGCCAAGAACCUGUACAGCCAGGCCAAAGAGCUCCAGCGGUUCAGAGAACUACAGGAGCAACUGAUAUCCAUCAAAAAGCUUCUGAGCACAUGCAGACUAUCAGCUGGAGUCCUUGACGAGUUCGAACAACUUCCUGCUCACCUGAUGCAGGAUCUCCACCUGUUCUCCAUGGAUGACCUCCUCAGGGUGAAGAAAGGUCAGCUCUGUCCUGUAGCCAAAGCCUUGCUGCAGUUUUCAGUUGCUCACAUAGACUUCUGUGAGCUAUGUCAGGCCAAAGGUUUUAUUUGUGAGUUCUGUCAUGGAAAGGAAGUGCUCUUCCCCUUUCAGAGAGAUACCUGUGCCCGCUGCCAAGAUUGCAGAGCCUGCUUUCACAUUUCAUGUUUCCGUGAUGAAUCAUGUCCCAAAUGUGCCAGACUCCAGAAACGAAAGAAACUCCAGGAAGACAUGAGUGUAUGAGAUCUCCUACAUGUUCUUUGCUGCAUUUUAAAGCUUUUGGGUGUUCAGAGCUCUAGAACGGUUCAGUCUCUUGAUAGACUGACUUGUAUAUGCUGUGAACCACAGAUGAAUGUCUGUUAUAUUUAUAAUCUGAUGUUGAUGUUCAAUUGUUUAUGUUAAAUUUGGAUUUUUGUAGACAGCAUAAUCUAUAAACAUUAUUUUAGAUAUAGACCAGCCAACCUCAAUUUUGUCCAUAAAGCUUAUUUAAUGAUUACAUAGAAUCAUGCACAUUUAACAACACACAGCUGACAUAUGAACAAUAAAAUCUGUUUAAGAAAAAUACAGUAAAAGAUCAUAUACAGGGGUGUAGUGGACAUUUUAAAAAUGUGUGGAAUGUGUGUG